AUGGUUUUAAAACUUGGUCAGUUAAUUUGUGGUGCUACUUUUGCUUUUACGUUUCUGCCAUGGUUCAUUAACGAUUUCUUACGAUUUUCGCCCCUUGUUAUUCAAGUCGGCAUAAUCGUUAUUACGGCAUUCUUCUGGUUUUUUGUUCCAGUUUUGCGCAAGUACUCUUCCCUUGUGAUUCUUAUCUAUUCCUACUCAUAUGUCGUGUACUGGCACUUAUAUGAGAGAAAACUUCUCACAUUUCAGUAUACAAAAGAGAGAUUUGAGAUAUGUUUCAUUGUCUCUGUGGUGAUAUUAGCAGUAUUUUCGAUUCUUGGAGAUUUUCCACUUCGCUUGGUUCAUAUUUAUAACAGGUGGAGAUUGCAGAAAGCGUUUUAUAAACCUCCAGAAUCCAAAAUAUGCUGUUAUUGUUAUGACAUCUUUCCUGGUGGCCACUGUCCAUCGUGUUUUUGUGCGUCUUGCGUGUGUCCACCUAAAGUCGACGAAGAGGCUCCAAAUGACCAGGGAGAAAUAACAUUGCAAGACUUGGGAAAAAAAGUAAUGAAACCAGAGUACCUUAGUAAUGUGGUAGUAAACGGUUGGCGCAAAAACUACGAUCGAAAAUAUAAUCUACUCACGAUGAGCUCAAAAGGGAUUUCUGUGAUUGAUUAGCAACCGGAAGCUAUACUUAAUCAAAAUCCAAAUCUGGACAAAUUCAGAACGAGCUGUUUGAAUGGCAAAGAUUUCAAA